AUGAAUCGGUCUUCAGCUGAAUCUGCAAAAGACGAUGUUCAUGCGGAACGGAUGGAUCUCGGACGCCCCAUUCACGCUCAACGGAACGAACAUAUCCGAAUGCACCAGCUACGUUUAUCUGGGUCGGGAAUUGAACAUGAUGAACGAUCUGACCCCCGAGCUGGAGAGGAGGAGACGAGCGGCUUGGGGGGUGUACAAGAGCAUCGGAUGGAUGUAGUGAAGAAGACCAGGAACACCUGGCUCUGUGCUCACCUCUUCGACACCACUGUACUUCCUGCUUUAACCUAUGCUUCGGAAACCUGGGCAUUUCGCAAGCAGGAAGAAAACGCGGUGAGCGUCAUUGAACGCGCAAUUGAAAGGGUGAUGCUAGGAUUAUCCCGUUUCACGCAAAUGAGGGACGGGAUUCGAAGUUCUCUCCUACGUCAGCGAUCGAAGAGACGCCGCCGCGUUUGCCAAGGAAAAUAA